CCUUUCCCUCUCCGCCCUUUAGAGAAUGGGAGGAGCUGGACGGAGAGGGGAAGAGCUACAAGCACUUCCUGGCUGGGGUCGUUCAGGGGAGGGGGAUCCACAUGCGAGGCCUGGAAGGAAGGAAGCUUAGCCGGCGGGGCUGCGAGGAAAGCGGGCAUCUCUUUUCCUGCGCGCAUCUCUUGGACCGAGGAACAGAGCCGCCUUUCCCUGCGGGCGCCUCAUCCAGGAGGCUUGGAGUUAAAUGGCUGCGAAACCGGCGAAGAGAAAAGGGGGCGAUCCCUCCCGUGAUCUGUUGUUUCGGGGAGUUGCUCAAGAGGAGCCGCCUCCGGAGAGAGCAUCGGAUAAAGGCUCCUUCUGAUGCCUUUGAAUCUCUUUGCCCUCCUUGCUUUCAGCCCUCGAUUCCUUUUCAUUCUUCAAUUGAACUGCGUUUUUAAAGUCAUGGGUGCAUUUAAAAAGGUAUCGCCCUUUUCCUGUGGGCCGUUGGUUCUCAACCUUGGCAACUUUGUGAUAUGUGGAUGUCACUCCCAGAAUUUCCCAGGCGGGUUGAAGUCCACAUAUUUUACAGCUUCCCAGAUUGAGAAACGUUGCUUCAGGCCUCGGGUGGAGAACUAGGGGGCUUUAAGGACUGGUGGACUUCAACUCCCAGAAUUCCUGAGUCAGCUGGCUCAGGAAUUCUGGGAGUUGAAGUCCCCCAUUCCUAAAAGGGCCCCUAGUUCCCCACUUCUGCUGUAGGCUAUUCCAGCAGGCAAUUUCUAUCUGAUAAGGGAAGGUGAACAUUAUAGAAAGGUAGAAGAACAUACAUAGAGUUGGAAGGGACCUUGGAGGUCUUCUAGUCUUACCCCCUGCUUGAGGAGGAGGAGUCUAUAUACUAUUUGAGAGAGGCAGCUGUCCAGUCUCUUCUUAAAAGCCUCCAGUGAGGGAGCACCUUAGUCAGGAUUCCGAUGAUAAUAAUAAUAAUAAUAAUAACAACAACAACAACAACAAUAACAAUAACAAUAAUAAUAAUAUUUUAAUUUAUAUACCGCCCUUAUCCCGAAGGAGUCAGGGCGGUGAACAACCAAAUAAAAUACAAGAAACAAAACACAUACAAUAUUAAAAACAACCCUUUAAAAACUUAUUGAAUUGGCCAGAAAUUUAAGAUAAAAUUACACCCUAUAAAAUUACAAGAAUUUAAAACCUAUUUAAAUCAAAUUAAAAUAUUUCUUUUUUAAAAAAAAAAAAAAUCAGGCCAGCCAUGUGAAAUAAAUAGGUUUUAAAUUCGCGGCGAAAGGUCUUAAGGUCAGGUAAUUGUCGAAGCCCAAGGGGAAGCUCGUUCCACAGGGUAGGGGCCCCCACAGAGAAGGCCCUCCCCCUGGGGGCCGCCAGUCGACAUUGUUUGGCUGACGGCACCCUAAGGAGUCCCUCUCUGUGGGAACGCACCGGUCGCUGGGAGAUAGAAGACGGCAGUAGACGGUCCCGUAAGUAUCCCGGUCCUAAGCCAUGGAGCGCUUUGAAGAGACUUUCAUGGCCUCGUCUUCAUCUCCUGGAACCUCAGUUCUUUGUAAUGGAGGAUUAACGGCGUUUGAGCUUCCAAUGCAGGAAUUGAUAUUGCUUGAGGAUGUAGCUGUGGUUUUCUCCGUGGAGGAAUGGGCCCUGCUGGAUUCUGAGCAAAAAGCCCUGUACCAAGAAGUCAUGCAGGAAACCAAGAGGAACUUGGCCUCCUUAGCAGGUGACGGAUGGGAGAUGGAGGAUUCCGGCCAAGAGGCAGCAGCACCUUUGCCAGAAGAGAAAAAGGAAUUUGAAGAAAAAAUGUAUGGAAAGCAAAGUUUGGAGGAAAACCAAUUAACGGUUGAGCUGGAGAAUUAUGCUAAUUUACCUUGUCCAGGUACCAAUGUCUUAUUGGACACAGAUGAUUGCCAAGAAAAAGGAGAAUGUUCAAGGUGUGGGAAAACACUCCAAGAUGAAGUUGGAUUAUGUGACUGUUGCCAAAGCCCUGCUGGAGAGAAACAGGAUGAAAGCAGGCAACGCUCCAGAAGGAGCCUUCUUACUCCUUUACAUGAAAGAAUACAAGAAGGAGGGAAAUCGUACAAAUGUACGGAUUGUGCAGAAAGCUUCAGUACUAGCCGCUCUCUUGUAUUCCAUAAGAAGAUUCACAAAGCAGAGGAUCAACACAAAUGUCUGGAUUGUGGAAGGACCUUCAGGCAGAAAAAUCAUCUUAGUUCACAUAUGAGGGUCCACGAAGAGAGGAAGCAACAUCAAUGCAUCACCUGCGGAAAGACCUUCGGAAGCAGCGCCUCCCUUACUUCCCAUCAAAGCAUCCACAGAGAGGAGAGGUUGCAUCAACGCAGGGAGGGUAGAACGAGGUUUACUCACAGCAAGGAACCAAAUUCCCGGAAAAAAAGCCCCACUGGAAAGAAAUCAUGUAAAUGCCUGGAAUGCGGGAAGAGCUUCCGCUCUGCAAGUGAUCUCACUUACCAUAAUAGGAUCCAUACAGGGGAAAAGCCAUAUCAUUGCAAGGUAUGUGGAAAGAACUUCACCCAAAAAGGGAAUUUCAAUUUACAUAAGAGGAUCCACACUGGAGAGAAACCGUAUCAUUGCACAGAGUGUGGAAAGUGCUUCAGGACCUCCGAUGCCCUUAUUUGCCAUAAGAGGAUUCACACAGGGGAGAAACCCUAUGAAUGUUUAGAGUGUGGAAAAAGCUUCAAUAGACGUGAUACACUAACUAAACAUAAUAGGAUGCAUAAAGGGGAGAAACCAUAUAAAUGCCUGCACUGUGGAAAGAGCUUUAGUCAAAAAGGUCAUCUUAAGUCACACCACAGGAUCCACACAGGGGAAAAACCAUUUCAAUGCAUGGAGUGUGGAAAGAGCUUCCAUUACUCUUCACACCUUACUUCCCAUCACAGAAUCCACACGGGGGAGAAACCCUUUCAAUGCCUGCAGUGUGGAAAGUGCUUUACCAAUUCUGGUGGCCUUCAUGCCCAUGAACGGACCCACACAGGGGAGAAACCGUACAAAUGCCUGGAGUGUGGAAAGAGCUUCAGUAAAUCCAGCCAUUUAACAUCCCAUAAAAGUGUCCACAGUGGAGAGAAACCACAUCAAUGCACCGAAUGUGGGAAGUCCUUCAAUCAAACAAGUAACCUUAAUAUCCAUAAAAGGACCCACACAGGUGAAAAGCCUUAUAAGUGCACUGAAUGUGACAAAUGCUUCGCUGAUUUGGGGCAUCUCUCUUGCCACAAAAGGCUCCACACUGGGGAGAAACCAUAUGAGUGCCAUACUUGUGGAAAGAGCUUCAAUGAAAAAAAAAGUUACAUUAUACAUAGCAGAACCCACACUGGGGAGAAACCAUAUCCGUGCCAGGAGUGUGGGAAACGCUUCAGGGAUUCUGGAGAACUGACGAUCCAUAAAAGGAUUCACACAGGGGAGAAACCCUAUAAGUGCGCAGAGUGUGGCAUGAGUUUCAGAAUAAGUAGUAGCCUUGGUAUCCACAAGAGGACCCACACUGGGGAGAAACCAUAUACAUGUCAUGAAUGCGGAAAAAGUUUUAGUCAAAAUCAUUCACUCAAGAACCAUAGAAGGCUUCACUCAGGGGAGAAACCCUAUAAAUGCCUGGAGUGUGGAAAAUGUUAUAAUGAGAGUGGCAGCCUUACCUCCCACAUGAGGAUCCACACAGGGGAGAAGCCGUAUCAGUGUGUGGAGUGUGGAAAGAAAUUCAGAACCGGUAGUAACCUUAAUCAACAUACGAAAACGCACAGCAGGAAAAGUUGACCUGAAUUGGUUUGUGUUGACUCUCAACAUUUGCUUAACGCCCCUAGAAGUGUUCCAGGAGAAUCUGUAGAAACCCUUGGAGUAUUGGAAGGGCUUCCGAAGCAGAAGCUUUUUGAUCCAUUAAAAAUAAGAGUUGGCUUGUAUAACUAGGAACUAACUUUUGGACAUUAGAUCUUUGGGCUAGAGUCAAAUAGAAUAGAAAUCGAAUAGAAAUAAUAAUAGAGUGGAGUGAUGGGAUAGGAUAGGAUGGAAUGGAAUGGAACAGAAACAGAAGUAGAAUAGAAACAGAAGUAGAAUAGAAACAGAAUAGAAACACGGUAUGUAAAACUAAAACGUUUUGCUUGGAUGUUAUUACUGAACCAAAGGGAGUCUGAAGUUACUAUUGCCACUAAUUAGCUUAAGAGUCUCCAGCCAGGCACCCAGAGGGAGAUGGGGGAGCAAUUUACCAAAUUCUCGGCUUGCAACAGUAACAGAGAUGGAAGGGAGCUUGAGGUCAUCUAGUCUAAGCCACUGCUCUCACAAAAGAGUAUCUCUGUAUCUAUCUAGUCUCUUUUAAAAGCCUCCAGUGAUGGGGCACCCACAACUUCUGGAGACAAUUUACCAUACUUUUUGGAGUAUAAGACACACUUUUGCCACCCUAAAAGAAUUUGGUAGGCCUGCAGAAUGGUCCUGGGGGUUGGGGGGGG